AUGUUUUGCCUGAAGCGAUGCUUGGUGUCCAGCUCGUUGAGCGCUCCGUCCGUGCUGGCGGCCGCGCCGCUGGGUGCUACUGCGCUGCGGCGGCGGGCGCAGGCGGCGCGUGCGCGGCCCUACACGUACCGCCGUCGCGUGUGCCCGCCGACGAUAAUCGACCCCGUCGCGAACCGGGUGCCCUUGCCUUGUCGGAAAUACCCGCCGGACAGACGACCAUGUGUAGACAUGAGAAAGAUCAUAAUCGAGCGCGGUACCCCGUGCCACGAGAAGAUAAUCCGCGCGUUCCUGUACGCGCACCACUGGACCCGCGACCCCACUUGUACGGGCCUGUGGAUGUCGCUCGACAGCCCUUACCUGGCUUGCAUCACAGAGAAAUACGCUACCUCUGGCGACAGGUACCUCGCGUUCGAGCUGCAAGACCGUACACACGAGCGCAAGCCGGUGGGCGUCCUGGUGGCCAACAAGACGUUCCCCUGGGUGGCGGACGAGCUGGACCAGUGGGCGCGCCACACCAUCUUCAAGCCGGACCGCACGCGCAUGUUCUUCAUGGCCCACUGCCUGCGCAGCGCCAACCUCUUCAAUAGGUACCAUGUGCCCUACGCCUAUGAGAUUGAGGUGUUGUCCACGUCAGAAGAAGUGCGUGGGCACGGCGUGGGCGAGGCGCUGCUGCGGCGCUGCAUCAAGGACGCCCUGGAGCUCCGGCACCCGCUCAUACAGAUCCUCGCCAAGAGCGACUACGUUAUCAAGAUCUGCGAGCGGCUCAAGCUGAAGAACGCGUGGAGCAUGAAGUACGCGGACUACGUGAGCGAGACGGGGCAGAGCCUGUUCUUCCCGCGGCGGCCGCACUUCACCGCCGCCAUGUACUACCGUGUCUUCGACCCCAAGGACGCCGUGCCCAAGGUCUGCCCGGCCAAGUUUAAGGGAUACGUUGAUCCGUGCGACUAG